AUGCUUGACAAUUACCGUCGUGGACGAACUGUGGUACCAGAUAUCGCGUGUAACAGUCAUAUCAAAUUUGAACAUUUACAUUAUCAUGCGAUAGAGAAACUUGGUGCGGAUUUCAUUGCAAGUGGUCACUAUGCCAGCACUUCUAAUGGGGAUUUUCAAGAGGAAGGAGGGAAAGAAUCAGGUGUUCGAUUAUUGACUGGUAUCGACCCUCUCAAAGAUCAGACGUAUUUUUUGUGUACAUUGCGUCAGGAACAGCUCAGACGAGCCAUGUUCCCUGUAGGAUCAUUAACAAAAACGAAAGUUCGACAAAUAGCCCGAGAACAGGGCCUUGAUGAAAUUGCGGAUAAACCAGAGACCAAGUCUGUCUUACUGAACUUUGUUGUUUCCUUAUAUUUGUGCUUAUUGCAUUUCUAUUAUUUACAGUAUAUCGAACCUAAAGAGGGUGAGAUUGUGACUGUAGAUGGAAAACUUCUCGGUGAACAUGAUGGCAUUCAUCAUUUCACAUUAGGAAAACGGAUUCAUAUACAAGAUUCUAGUGAAGCAAAGUUAGAAUGUCGGAUACAACGCACCCAUCCACCAGUGCCGUGCAAAGUCAGACGAAUGGAUAAGAAACUUCUCUCAGUUCGGCCAGUACUACCCUUCCGAGCUGUAGCUGAUGGACAGACAGCUGAUUCUUUUCAGAUGUGCGUUUUUUACGAUGGCAGAGAAUGUCUUGGUGGAGGCGAAGUACAGCAUAUCAUAUCAACGUUGCAUUACAACUAA